AACUCAACCACAGCUAUAUUACGCGUGUGCGCGUGUGUGUUGCCAGUAUUUAAGCAGCUAGCCCAGAUUUUCUCUGUUCAUUUGUUCUGCUGUCAUGGAUCUGAAAGUUGCCUUUGUGGUUGUUUGCCUGUUUGCUUUGGCCAUAACCUCUACUGAAGCUGUCAUCCCAAAAUGCUGCAUGAAAACAGCAGAGCGUGUGAACAAACAUUGGCUGAUGAAGGUGGAAAAGUGGUACGUUCAGCAGAGCAGCGGCGCCUGUGACAUCUCUGCACUGAUACUUUUCGUGAAGGGCCGGCUGAAGCCCAUAUGUGCUCCUCUCAAGGUGAAGACUCUCCUGAAGAGUUUGCAGAAGAGAAGGAAGAGACACAAUGUGAAAGCAGCUUUCUGAGUUUUGGAAUGAAAAACCUCAUCGUGUUUUCUAACUCUGGUGUUUUCCAGUUCUCACCGUGGUUUAUCUUUUUCAUCAGAUAUGCAGGGGGCCCUAUACUGAACUGUUACUGAAUUUAAUCUCUAUAUUGUAAUAAGAAAUGUUGACAUGUAAACUGGGAUGUGGAACUUUGUGAGGGAUCUAAAACAAAUACUGUAACUUAACCUGGGAAGUGAAAGUAAAAAGCGCUGAUAUGCCAUGACUGAUCCCACUGAGAGAAAAACUGCUGCAAACAACAAAUACUAUAAAAAAAACUGUUGGAAAGUUUCACUGAGCUCAUUUAUUUGAUUUAUUCUGUUUCAUUCCCAAGUGAGUGAAAAGAGGCAUUUACUGUAACUGAGGAGCCUUUUUGUUUGCUUGGUAUUUUACUUUUGUGUUUUUAUCUAAGUAUUUUUACUCGAAUGCAUUCAUAAUCCUUCAGGACAUUUUACUCCUUUAUCUUUUUCUUUUUUUUUCCAGGCUCAUUUAUUACAUUUCUGUCUAUUUACUUCUGUCUACAUUUAAAUGUAAAUGUUCCAGUGCUUCCUUCACCACUGGAAAACUUAGAGGCAUAAUCUCUGUUAAAAUGACUGUGAGUUACAACUCAAUAUAAAGCAGCAACAAUAAAGUGCAAAUGGAUGGAGGUGAAGAUGAAA